AAGGCUGAGAUCAGUACAUACCAUAUUCUGCAACUGCGCCACACCUCACUACUUUCAUAAGACUAAAUGAAGUGACGCGGGUUUUGAAGGUGUUCAUGAUUCUAGUGACAGAUUAACAAGAUUUCUGCAUUACUAACCCCCCCUGCAAUACAAAUGAGACAUGCAGGUUGCAGUGCAGGAAGUAAAACUGAUGAGAAACGAUAGGACCAGUGGAGGACGCGAGAGGAGUGAGGAGAAAGGAAAGGAGCAAGAGACGGCGCAGCGCAGGGAGGGUGGUGGUGGUGGGGGCUAAUGGCUAACCACUCAUUUACUCAGUCUACCUUAGAUGUCCACAGUGAGUGCAUCCUACGCGCCUUCUCUCCAGGACUGUCCUUUCUACCACCACGGCACCACCACCGCCACAACCCAUAAACAAGCCCGGCCACCAUCCAGCUCUCACGGACACACGCAGGCUAACUCAUCCACCGAACCUGAGCAAUACAACCACACAGAACCACAACUAACCCCAGACACGCAAAAGAAGACAGACACACCACAGCACCGCACCAGUGACACCUGCACCUCGCCCUUAUGAAGCCUGACGAGGAGAACAUGGAUGUAGAGGCCAGGAGGUUAACACAGCCACAAGGGGGCGGCGCAAAGUCCAGGAGGGCGGCGCGGCACAGAACAAAUGAGACGGAGACUAUGAACGGAGCUGACGUGAAUACAGAAUUACUUAACCGAGGAGACGCGAUGCCUGUUAUCACAAGUCGCCCCGUGAAUAGAAGGAACAGACGCACCAGUCCACGUAGCCAGCUGGUGGAAGAUGGUGCGAGGGACAGGAUAAAUACACACACCAACAGCGACAGAGAAAGUAGUAGUAACAGUUGCAGUAGCGGCGCGGGGGGAGGGACGCCGAGAGGGAGACAACUGGACACCCUGCUGAAGAAUUCUGACGAUCGUGGGGCUUACAAGAGGUUCCUUAUCCUGUGGUGGCUGGUUCCUGUGUGCCUGGUGGUGCCGUGUGCUUACCUCAACGUCCUCCUGAUGGUGCAAGUGCCAUUGUCUAAUUGUACUGUGCCUCCACCCCCAGGUCACCUCUCUACCUACCACUGGAGGCUCCUUGUUACUCCGAAAACACAGACUGGGGAACUGAACCCCUGCGCACUGUACGACUUUUCCUCCGCCCUUAGUGACCCCCAGUACGACCCCGGUACAAGCAGACAGUACAGUACCAGGACAUACAACACUACGUACGACGACCAGAUAGGCCCCAGUACCCCUCAGCCACGCCUCAGUACCCCGUGGGAGGACACAGGUGGGUUGAAGACUCCUCCCGGUACAGUGGAUCGGGAAAGUGAUGAUACUGAAGGGUUUACCAGUAUCCCAGUAGACUCCUAUACCCUUGGGACGAAUACCGGUCCUGUGGAGGCUGUAACUACAUCAGAAGUUCCCGGUAUUACGAAGGGCACUGCAGAGGAACAUCCCAGUACUCCAGGCCAGCAAGGAGAGGCACUAGAACAGCACCUCAGCACUCAGAACCAACACAGCACCACCACAGAUGGCUCCAGCACAAUAGAUCACCAAGGCAGCACUAGAAAACACCACUUCAGCACUCACAAAGGAGGCCUCAGCACUCCAAACCAGCAAAUCAGCACCAGAACACAGCACAGUACCACUAGACAACACCACAGCACCACAGAACACACGACUCGACACAAACUCACGAACACACACACACAGACAGUCUCAAGCAAGGAGAGUGACCCAACACAACCUGGCCUCGUAAAGUCACGUGUUGCCCGCCAUUUUGACCCCUUCAAUGACCUGUACGUCUCCGGGAGAAAGAAGGAGGGCGGCGAGGGAGGAGCCAAGCAGGACGACCCGAUGGAGAAAUAUCUGAAGGCGGCGGUGAAGUGGCAGAAGGAGUACCCUGGAGUGGCGCCACCUAUGGUCUACACAAUGGGCUGUGUGUUCGGCCACGACUUCGACAAAACCUACGUGGAGAAGUCGCUAGCUACGGAGCUGGGCUGGGCGUGUGAGGAGGCUGGGAACUCCACACGCAUGCUCUACGUUUGUGUGGCCGGGGCUGUCAUUGGCUCUCUUCUCUUUGGCAUCCUGGCUGAUAGGGUGGGACGGAAGUGGGUGUUAAUGCUGCUGGCGGUGAAGGCGGCAGCUCUGGGGUCCCUCUUCGUGUUGGUAAAGAGCUCCUUGACGCUCUUGAUUCUUCGGUUCUUCAUCAGUUUGGGCCUGCCUGCGAUCUACAACGUGGUGGUCAUUACAGCCCUGGAACAAGUGAGGGAUGAGGAGAGGGGAAUGGUCACCUGCCUUGCCUCCGUCUGCUUCUCCCUGGGUCAGUGUGUGCUUGGGUUCCUUGGCUGGCUCCUCGGCUCCUGGGUUACUCUGGGCCUCGUCACCAGCCUGCCCUGUGUCCUCGCUCUCGCCUACAGCAGGCUGCUGGAGGAGUCCCCGCAGUGGCUGGUGGCGCGGGGCAGGGGGAAGGAGGCGGCCCUGGUGCUGCGAAGGAUAACCAUGAGAAAUCACCCAAGGAACCCUCUGGCGCCUUCCCUCCUCCUUCUACAGACGCGGAUUAAGAAGAUCAGAGGAGGCGAGGCGGAGCAGUUUGAGCAGGCUGGGAUGUGCCAAGGUGUGUGCAGUCUUCUCAUAGGCGUUGGGGAGUUCCUGGCCAGUUAUCCUCGCCUCUGUUUUAGGAUGGUGCUCCUUACUGUAUGUUGGACGGUAAAUUUCAUCAUCUAUCUCACCACUACCUGGAAAUCCCCGUCUCCAUCUGACAACCCUUAUUUAGUUUGGUUCCUCUCCGCUGUCACUGAAGUCCCUGCCAAUCUUCUGCUGCCUCUGUUUCUGGGCUACCUUGGGCGACGGUCCUUGCACUCCGCCGGGCUCGCAGUUUGUACCUCUAUAUUCUUCAUAGCUGCUGGUCUUCUUGGCUCUGGAUACGAGGAGAGCUGCAUAGGGAUAGCCGUGCUGGUGGUGGUGGCCCGGGUCUUCGUCUGCGUGACCUACCUGGUGGUGUCCCUGCAGGCGACAGAGCUUCACCCAACACUAAUCAGGAGCUCCUUCACCGGUCUGGCCUGCCUCGUGGCCCUCACUGCUAGCGCCUUCAGCCCCGCCAUCCUGACUGUGGAGCCCUUGCACGCAUACCUCCUGCUGGGGCUUCUGGCUCUUACUGGGAUGCUCUCCGCGGCCCUCCUCCCUGAGACAGCUGGCCGCCCCUUGCCCCAGACCCUGCAGGAAGCGGAGGAGCUCACCUGGGCGGGUCUUAAGCCUUCUCCACCUGACAGCGAGGUGGAAGAGAUACGGGAGGUCCUCACUUCUCGUCCUCCUCCUCUACCUCCUCCUCUUCCACCUCCUCCCUCUCUUCUCCUUCGUGGCAUCUCCUCUCUUGAUACUGUGAGCGAGGAGUCAGUGUUGUGAUGGUGAACGUGGUGGUGUUGUGAUGACGCUGUGGCUGUGAUGAUGCUUUGAUAGUGAAAAAAAUGAUGGUGAUAACUGUGCUUCUCAAGAGUAAAGAAAAUGUUUAGUUUAGUGAUGAUGGUGGUGAUGAUGAUGGUGGUGGUGAUGAAACUGAGGCGAUUCGGUUAAGGUAAAGCUAAAUAGAGAGAGAGAGAGAGAGAGAGAGAGAGAGAGAGAGAGAGAGAGAGAGAGAGAGAGAGAGAGAGAGAGAGAGAGAGAGAGAGAGAGAGAGAGAGAGAGAGAGAGAGAGAGA